AUGUUUGACGAGUCCCCACCUAGCACAGCAGGCAAUGGGACAAAGACGGCGAGCGAAGAUUGGGAUGACGACUUUGACUUUGAUGAGGGCAGUGCUAAUGAUGUUGGAGGAAAAGAGCCCCUCAAGUCAUUGUCCAUGAUCGUCCCGCCCUCCAUACAGGCCACUCAGCCAACUGUCAAGGCUCAUUCCGGUCAGAUUCGUGAAUUGUCACUCCUGGUUAGCAGCCUAAAGCGAUUAUGUCGUCAGGGACGAGAACUAGAUCUCAUCGAUGGUCAAGCAGCAGCCCUCUGGAAGGAAGCUGAGAACAUUAUCGCUCUCGCAUCUCCGGACGAAGAGGAGGAGGAUGAGGAGACGGAUGGAGACCAAUCCUCCCUCGACUUUGACCCUUCCACCAUCGACGAGCGGUUCCUCGACGAAGGAUUCGACGCAUCGGCGUUAGAGCAUUCGGAUGAUCCAUUCAGUGCUCAGGAGCAUAACAUCCCGAAGACAGCUGUUGUGAAAGAGAGACAGGUCGUGAGGCGGCGUUCCGUGUUCUCGCCUGAUGAUGACAUCUUCGGGGGUAAUUGGCCUCUAGUGGACGAGAACACGAGGCCAGAGCCACCGAGAACUCCUGAUCGGACCAGGAAUUUUCACACUCCCGAUGGCACCGUCGUGGCCGUGAUUGAAGCCAUGGAACAGCAGCGUGCAUCAUCAGACCAUAUCAGAGCCUCGCCUGUAAAACCGUCGAACGCGAAACUCUUCUUCGACACGAACAGCCUCCAGGAGCUUGUCAAGCGAGCCAGCUCGCUCUUCCAUACCCUGUCCGAUCUCGUCCGCAAGGAGGAGCUCCUGACGCAGAGCCCCGUGGUAACUCCUAAGCACGAUCGAUUGAGACGCCACGAUGGCAGCCCGGCCUUUACUCGUGUCUUCACCGACCCAUCCUCCAGCCCACCGAAACGGCUACCUAAGAGUCACAGCACGAAUACGGUUAUGCCCCGGACUUCGAUGGACUCGCCCGCAUCAAACGCCAUGAAUCAACGAAUGCAAAUGAUGACAGUCAGCUAG